AUGUUCUUCACUUUCUUUGACACUAAACAGCUGAUUUAUAAGUAAUGAAUGAGUAGUGGUGGGGGGAUACUUCGAUAUAUCGGAAAAUCGAGAAUAAUCGAGAUUGUGAACUGUCAAAAAAGGCAAAAAAUAAAUAAAUUACAAAGAAGAAAUAAAAAUUGUGCGGUGGUUUAUUGUGUGAUUAUACGCAAAAAUAAAGGUGAAUGAGUAAAUAAUCUUCCUCUACUAUUCAAUAAAAUAAUUGGAUCGAUUAGAGAGUCACAAAGCCUUUACAAAUUGACGUCUGCUGUGAUUUUGAGGUUAUGCAAAGUGCCAAAAAUUAUACUCAUAUCUCACACGUCAGCAUAAGAUAAAAUUGAGAAAAUAUCGUCAAAUGCACUAUUUUUGCAAAGUUCAAAAUGUUGAACUUUUGUUGUAUAAUGUCAACUUUAUUAAUGUCAGCGAAAAUGCUGUGUUUAUUUGCUGUCUGUAAAUUUCUAUUCAUCCUUGUCUUUUUCCCGCUCGCCGUGAUAUACUGGAAGAUGCUUUUUGCCAAGAAAAAAGCCGAGAGGACACAACAAGGAACGGUUAUUGGAAUAUUUCACCCUUAUUGUAAUGCUGGAGGAGGUGGCGAACGAGUUUUAUGGGCUGCUGUCAAAGCUAUUCAAAAAAAAUAUCCUGAUGUUCACAUAGCAAUAUACACUGGAGAUUUGGACGUGGAUCCUGAACAAAUUCUAAAAAAGGUAGACAAGUCUUUCAAUAUGAAAUUGGAACCUGGAAUCGAGUUUGUCUAUUUACACAAAAGAAAAUGGGUGGAAGCUGAAACCUAUCCUUAUUUUACGCUGCUCGGUCAAAGUUUAGGAUCAAUGUGGCUCGGAUGGGAAGCACUGAGUGCUUUACAACCAGAUAUUUAUAUAGACACUAUGGGAUAUGCAUUUACAUAUCCUUUAUUCAAAUACAUUGGUGGUUGUAGUAUCGGAUGUUACACACAUUAUCCGACAAUUUCAACCGAUAUGUUGAAGCACGUUUACCGCAGAAUCAUUUCCCACAAUAACAGACGUGCUAUAGCCAGGAAUCCGUUUUUAUCUCUGGGGAAAAUGAUUUACUACAAAAUUUUUGCAUUCUUAUACGGAUGUGCUGGACGCGUAGCUGACAGCGUGAUGGUAAAUUCGUCUUGGACAGAAGGACACAUAAAUUCAAUUUGGAAAUGUCCUUUACGAACUCACAGAGUUUAUCCUCCCUGUGAUGUAGAGCAUUUGACUAAAUUGCCAUUGCUUAGCGAUGAUGAGAAAGAUGGCUCUAUUCGUAUUGUUUCGAUAGGACAGUUCAGACCAGAAAAGGAUCAUCCUCUUAUGUUAAAUGCCAUGUACGAAUUGAGAUCUAUAAUUGACGAAAAAACUUGGGAAAAAACCCGAUUGGUUUUAAUUGGUUCCUGCCGGAAUUCCGUGGACGAAACACACGUGAAGGACAUGCAGGAUGUUGCGAAACAUCUAUCUCUCGACAAAAAUGUGGAAUUCAAAUUGAAUAUCCCAUAUUCAGAAUUGGUUUCGGAAUUACAAAAGGGAAUGAUUGGUCUUCAUGCAAUGUGGAAUGAACAUUUUGGAAUUAGUGUCGUCGAAUGCAUGGCAGCUGGUCUUAUUAUGAUUGCUCAUGCUUCUGGUGGUCCAAGAGCAGAUAUUAUAGAAACUCAGUCCCCUAGUCAAACCGGAUUUCUAGCAGCAGAACCUGAAGAAUAUGCGAGGAUAAUAGCUGACAUUAUCGAUAUGGAACCAGAAGAAAGAGACUCUAUUAGACUUGCAGCAAGAGCUUCUGUCACACGAUUUUCGGGCGAAAACUUCGAGAUGGAUUUCCUACGAGCUAUGGAACCAUUUUUCAGACCACACCAAGAGUGAACGAUUUCAAUUAAAGUGAAAAUCUAUAAAGAGAGACUGAGUAGGUUUUUAAUUUUUGAAUCUUCUCCAUCUUUCAGAAAGAUUUAAAAACAAAUUGUCUGUUUGAAUGUUUAUUAGCUCAAGUGUAAGUAUUCUUUUUGUGUUCAACGAAAACGACGUGAGUUUAAUUGUCUUGUACAUAUGAUAUUCCGUAAAGAUAAGAAAGUUGUGAGACAGUUUUAAGCACGCUGUAUAAUGUAUAUAAGAUGAUAAAUGCUUUGAGAGUGAA